CAGCACGGAGUGCCGCCGCGCGGUGCUAGGGAAUUUUUUCGCGCCGUCGCGCGCCCGUAACGCGGCCUCGCUCGUCACUGCGGGUUGAACAGCUGAUGCACUACCAACACCGGCGAAAUGUCAAAACACGGGCAAUUCAUUCUACGUGUACAGUCAUCAGAGGGAACAAAACGCAUAGAAGUGCUGCCUUCUGAUACACUUUCUCAACUUUACGAAAAGGUGUACGAAGCUUUUAAUUUAAACAGUUUUGGAUUUAACCUCUGUAAGCAACGAAAUCAGAAGGAGCCACUUACAUCUACUCGAAGCAGAACAGUUUCAGGAAUCGGUCUUUCUCAUGGAGACAUGCUUUAUCUCGUGCCGAUUAAUGGCACCCAACUGUGGAGCGCUCCAUCGACCAGCAGUGCCUCCAAUAAUGCUUCUACAGAUCCCGGCCCGAUGGAUACCUCAAAUGGAAGCACAAAUCGUAUGUCUGGUCUCGCACGAUCUCUGCCGAAUGUAGUCGAGGACGACGUCGACGAGCAAUUGUGGAAGCUCGACGGGAAGAUUCAACGUAAACGCGACGAAAAGCUUUGUCGACACGGAGCGAGAGGAUGUUGCGUGCACUGUUCACCUUUGGAACCAUUCGACGAGAUCUAUCUGAAGGAACAAAAUAUCAAGCAUCUGUCCUUUCACUCGUAUCUCAGGAAGCUCACUGCCGGAGUUGAUAGGGGCAAGUUCAUACAAUUAGACGACAUAAGCUGCCGUAUAAAGACUGGCUGCAAGGACCAUCCGCCGUGGCCGCGAGGGAUCUGCAGCAAGUGCCAACCAAACUCGAUCACUCUGAAUCGCCAGACAUAUCGGCACGUAGACAACGUCAUGUUCGAAAAUGCUAGUUUAGUAGAACGUUUUCUCAAUUACUGGCGCAGCACCGGGCAUCAGCGUAUCGGCUAUCUAUAUGGAAGAUACGAGGUGCACUCGGACGUCCCGCUAGGCAUCAGAGCUGUCGUCGCGGCUAUAUACGAACCACCGCAGGAAAGUACAAAAGAUACGAUAAGACUUCUGCCAGACGAGAGAGAGGCGCUGGUCGAGGAAUUAGGCCGGACGCUCAAUCUAAGAAGGAUCGGAUGGAUCUUCACGGACCUCAUGGCCGACGAUGUGAAGAAGGGCACGGUGAAACACGUGCGCAAUAUAGAAAGUCAUUUUCUAUCCGCUCAAGAGUGCACUAUGGCUGGGUACUUUCAAAACCGGUACCCAAACCCCUGCCGUUUCUCGCCUAAUGGUUACUUUGGCUCAAAAUUUGUAACAGUUUGCGUUACAGGUGACGAUAAGAAUCAAGUACACAUGGAGGGUUAUCAAGUAUCUAAUCAAUGCAUGGCGCUGGUACGAGACAGCUGUUUGGUUCCUACGAAAGACGCACCGGAACUCGGCUAUGUGAUCGAGUCGACCGACAAGCAAUACGUUCCGGAUGUCUUCUACAAGGAGAAAGACACAUAUGGGAACGAGGUGACCAGACUAGCGAGACCUCUGCCAGUAGAAUAUUUAUUAGUGGAUGUACCUGCAUCCACACCGCUUACUCCUCAGUUCACCUUCUUUACGGAUGACAACAUCACUCCGUUUCCAGUUGAAAACAGGCAAGUCGAUGGCCAGGUACAGGAAUUCAGUGCUCUCUGCACUUACAUGCAGCAAUUCGGUGCGGAUCAAUUCCUGGAGGCAACCUCUGAUUUUCAUCUACUCCUCUUCAUCGCCACCAUGGACAUGUAUCCCAUGAAGGACCACAUGUUGCCGCUACUGGAAGCCAUUCGUAGCAAGGACAAGCAGAAGGCGCUGGAAUGGGCGCGCUCCGAGCACUGGGCGACCGUGGAGCAGCUGAUAUCCGCGGCCUCCACGUCGUCGCGUCCACCGCAGACCAUGCCCUUCGGCAGCAGCUCAAGGAUGUCGUCUUCCGCUUCUUCUGCGGAGGGCAGCGGUGGGAUGGGCGUCGGCACGGAGCCGAUCGCGAACCCGCCUCCCGACCAGGCUCUCUGGACUUGUUCCCACUGCACUUUUCUCAAUGCCGCGGACCUAGCGGUUUGCGAGAUGUGCAACCUGCCGAGAGAAGAUGUUGAAGAGUACGACGAGGAAAUGAUGAGGGAGUUAUUUUGAUAACGGAAAAGUAAACCCGGCGAUUUAAUCGGUGUCGUUACGAUGAUAGAUGGAGUCGACAUUGCGACAUUACGUAACUUGUAACCUUGAUCUACAUUGUACCUUACAUAGAACUUGGACAAACGUCGGUUAACUGUUAUUCCUCGUGCAUGUGGGUACGUGCGUAUUACAUACAUAAGAGAAAUUGAUAUAAAACUGGAGCAGAAAUUGCCCGACGAGGACUGUAAGUAUGUGUGUAGGCAGUCCAAAGCAUUACGUAUUCAAUUUUUACUUGAAUUAUAUAUUUGAAAUAAAAUUUCUCUCAUCACUGACAAUAA